GUGAAGAUGAGUCGCACGCCGGAUGCGAGAGCCAGAGAUAACCAGACGAGGAAGAUCCAGGAGAACAUAACCAAAGUGGAGAAACACUUUGGAGAUAUGUGCCAACUGUUUGCUGCCUAUGCCCGCAAAACAGCCAGGCUGCGAGACAAAGCAGACCUUCUUGUCCGGGAAAUUGGCUUGUACGCCGACACGGAGACGCCAGACCUAAAGCGGGGGAUGAAGCAGUUUGCAGAGCACCUUGCCAAGAUUCAAGACUACCGCCAAGCUGAGGUGGAAAGACUCGAAGCCAGAGUCAUAGAACCAUUAAAAAGCUAUGGAGCUGUGGUGAAACGUAAAAGGGAGGAUCUGAAGGCAACACAGAGCGCCCGAGAGAGAGAAGCCAAACAGAUGGCUCAACUCGAGAAGACCAGACUUAGAAACCCUUCAGACAGACAAAUCAUUUCUCAGGCUGAAACUGAGCUUCAAAGAGCAACCAUGGAUGCCACACGAACCACCAAGCAGCUGGAGGAAACCAUAGAUGAGUUUGAGCGACAGAAGAUCCAAGACAUAAAGAAAGUCUUUGGUGAAUUUGUGACAGUGGAAAUGUCGUUCCAUGCCAAGGCUUUGGAGAUCUACACUGUGGCAUACCAAAGUAUCCAAAGUGUGGAUGAGGAAGCAGACCUGGAGGUGUUCAGGAAUUGUCUGCACCCCCCUGAUUUCCAGUCCCGCUUAGACAUAGUGCGAGCCAAUUCCAAGACGUCUCUUGAUCACACCGGGUCUUUCCUGAGUACAUCAGGUACCUUACAGCAACAAAGAGCUUCCAGCCGCCAGACGAGAAGAGGGGAGGAGGAGGAUGAAGAAGAGGACGAAGAUGAAUCUGAGGAGGAGGAUGGUGAUGAGGAUGAAGACGAGGACUCAGACGACGAACACCAACCUCGUUAAACCCUUUGUGCUUGUCAGUGGGGGAAAAAAGAAUAACAAAAUACAAAUUAACAGUUUUAAAAGAAACAUUUUGUUUCUUCCAGAUGAACUUGCCCAGGUGGAAAAACGUUUUCAUUGUCAUGUUUUGUAUUAUACACCUUUAUGUUGUGCUGUUUGUUUUUCAGCAAGCCAUUCUUUUGACCUAUAUUUUUUUAUAUCUCACAUUCUCUAAAUAUGCACUGUAUCUGUAUGUCAUGUUCCAGUGAAAGGCUCCGCUGCCUAAUAAAAGAAUAAAAGCACCCAGCAUGCUCUCACCCAGGUUUUCGAUUUUGAAAAACCCAGCAGAGCUUGAUUAUUUUAGAAACUGUCGGGAGUGUGAAUCAGUCCCAAGUGACAGUAGUUAUGUGAUGACGGCAGUUAAAAGUGACUCAUCUCUACCACAGACAUGCAAAAAUGGAACAAAUGGGAGUCGGAAACUUGUCACGGCACACCGUUUGCAUUUGUAUGGAUGAAUGCGGAUGUAUGCGUGGCAUCAGUCAAGCCCCAUGUCCAUGCAUGUUGCACUUGACAAAAACCCUUCUUGUGUGAUCAGGGUGCUGUGUGUUGUCUGUCACAAUAGAGGCUCCAGCCACGGUGUCCGCUGAUGGCUCCUGUCUGUCUUGGAUGAGUCACUCUACACAAUUUAUAGUUCGCAUCUGGCCGUGUCAUAAUGAAUUAUCCUCUUCCUCCGGUGCGCCAUCACACACAUGCACAUCUGUUAAAGAAAUGCUAAAUAUAUGAAAAUUUACAGCUUUUCAAAACUCAAUUUUAUUCCUAAGCGAUAAACACGAGGGACACUGUAACCUCGCCUACAGCGACAUUGAUUAUCUCACUGGGUUUGUCUAAAAGGAGUGUAGGUGGUGUGUCAUGAAACCUCUCUGCAACAGCACCCUAAUGCAUAUAAAGGUUAAUGUGUAUGCAAACAUAGUGACACUAGCACACACUCACGUAGCCGUUCGUCUUUACUGUGCUGAAUGGCCCAUGUUGCAGUGAGUCAUCACCUGCAGUUUGUGUGAUGAGUGAGUCAGAGAAGUUUUCCAAUCAGAUAAACCUUCCACUCCCUUAUCGCAGCGAAAGGGUGACUUUUGAGAGAAACUGGGUCUGACAGGAGCGAAAAGAAAGACUUGCACGAUUGGAGUGGUAAAAAAAGAUUUUAAAAAAAAGCGCCAGCCUCCUCCCUUAGCCAAGAAAGACAGAGGUGCCAGAGGAGGCAAGAGUUGGUUUAUGAGUCAGAGAGUGAAAAAACAAACAAGAUGCAAAGGCAUAGGGAGGAGGAGACAGGGGUUGCAGGGACAACUUGGAGAGGUCAGUCAAAGCUCCAGGUUCUUAUACUUGAGUCAUAGGCCGGCAGCGUGGCACCACUCCUACCAAACUCUACACCUGCGGCACAAGUCAGCCACAGCACGGCUUCAUGCAGAUGCCUCCGUGUGCUGCGUCUUUCCCUUGAGGUCACUGGCACUGAUCUUACUUUGCCAAAAGCUUUUUCUCUUUCUGAACACCGAUUUAAUGAGAACAAAUUGUUCAGAACUUGUUUAAAGAGAUUGCCUUGGUAAACGUUUCAAAUGACAUGUUUUAACAGCAUUGCAGCCAAAACUUCUGUGUAGGCAUGCAUUAGCGAUUCACAUUGAUUGGUUGACAGGAAAAGUGAGUGACAUUGUCUGAUACAGAUUUUUCUUUACUUCUUUGCCUUUUUGCAAUUACAAAUCUGAGUAAAGAUCUCAUGGGGUUCAACAGAAAUCACAUUUUGGGUCAAAUGUUCUCUCUAUAUGCAGGAGAGGAUGUGUAUAUAUCUAUAAAUUUGCACUAUAGUGUUUUCUUUUUCUGAAACUUUUCAUUUUUAUAUAUAUUUUAGUUUAAAUGCUUAUUAGUUCAUCUUCUUAAAGUGUUUUUACCUUUGAAUUACCUUGUUAAUUACUGGUGCUAUAAAAAUACAUCUGCCUUGUCUUAUUUGCA